AUGGAUCAUUCGGUGUUCGAGGAGUGGCUAAGGUCCGCAGUCCCCUUCAUGAAGGAGUUCGCAGCGGGUCGGAACGUUACUCUAGUACUCGACAACGCUCCGUAUCAUACUAGAGUGCUAGAGAAGGUUCCGACGAGAAGCUCCAGGGUGCAGGAAAUAUGGAAUUAUCUCAGCUCGCACGGCGUCGAAGUGGGACUAGAUAGUACAAAGGAAGCUCUUUUAGAAGAGGUUGGUGUACGUCUCAAAACGGCCCUCGACCACUUCGUCGCUAGUCGAGGCGGUGCAGCAGCCUUGCGCUGUUACGCCGCUGAAAAGAUCUGCGAGGAUAUGGGAGUGAACCUCCUGAGGCUCCCUCCAUUCCACUGCUAUUUUAAUCCUGUGGAGCUUUGUUGGAGUAAUCUCAAACAGCGCCUCAAUAAGGAUGGAUGGGAUGUCUGA